GAAGGCGAAGUUGGGCCUACAUAGUUAAACUUGUUGGGCUUUUUGACCUAAAAAUAAAACGUAAAAAUGGGGGUGUGUUUAGUAUUAUUGACUUGUUCGUUGAAAUUGGGGGGAGUGGAGGAAGUAGGAACUCUGGGCAACGCCUUCUGCAACAAUACAUAAAACAAAACCUUCCUUAAAUUAAAUCGUUGUCUUACUUAUGCAGUUGGGCUUAUAGCGGUUGUGAUAAUUGAAUUGAAUAAAAUGGUGUUGGAGAGUUACGUGGUGGUGCACAACAUAGCAAAGAGGCACAACGUUGGCACACUAGCUCGAAGUGCAACCGCGUUUGGUGUGUCGGAAUUAAUCCUGGUUGGUCGUAGAGAUUUCAACAGUUUCGGUAGCCAUGGGUCAUCCAACCACGUUCGCUUUCGACACUUUCACUCACUCCAAGACGCUCGCCAAUUUCUGAAGGAUAAAGACUGUGACAUUUGCGGCGUUGAGAUCACACACGAUGCCCUCCCUGUUAAUCAACAUCCUUUCAACAAAAGCACCGCUUUCUUACUCGGCAACGAGGGUAGUGGUCUUUCUCCUAAGGAAAUUGAGAUAUGUGAUUUUUUUGUUUAUAUCCCGCAAUAUGGUUGUGGAACUGCUUCCUUGAAUGUUACUGUUGCUGCUUCAAUUGUACUUCAUCAUUAUGCAGUCUGGGCAGGUUUUGAUGAGAGAUCUCGUGAUGGAAAUAAAUUUGUUGUGGCUGAGAGACCUGUAAAACAGGGUCGGCGAAAUUACUGCACGGAAGGAGAUGAUUCAAUCAUUGAAGAGCGUAAAGCCAGAAGAGAAAAUGCCGCCAAUGGUUUCUUUGAUGAGACUGAGAGUGGCAAUUCAUCAUCUUCAAACCUCCUUGAUGCAUUGUUUGUUGAUGGUUGAUGACAGAUGUGUGAUUACUUGAUAAUUAAUUGACCAUUGAGACUGUAGGUUGAGAACUUAAAUGCUUCAGCAGUGGUGGAAGAAAACCGACAUCUUAGGUAUCUAAUGUGGUUAAGAGAAAACUGAAUAUAGGCGUGUAUGUUGUAUUACGGCUGAGUUUGCUGAAACUGUCACCAAUGACAGAAAAUAAUUAGAAGUUUGUAAAAACCAGUUUUGCUUGGAUUGCUUACUCUUUCAACUAUUAUUACACUGUCAUUUGUUCUACUGAUAGUUAGUUAAGCAACUUUAAA